CUCUUCUUAUCCACCUUUCUUCACCGCUCGCUCUGGGACACAGAGACUGACCUCGUGCCAGCGACAAGGCUCAUCCCCGACCAGAUCCCGCCACCGUCGCGGCAGCAGGGGUCAAGGACGAGGAGGAGGGGGGAUCCACGGAGUCCCUGCUCGCGGGUGAGCGGCGUCACGAGGGGGUGUGGAGGGGGGAGGGGGAGAGCCUGCCGGCGAUGUGAUUCUUUUCUUCGGCUGGAGGCGGCGUCCGUCGGCCUCACGCCGGCAGUAGUUUUGGGAUUUUGCGGCGGCUCCGAGGUCAUCAGGGAUACGACGCCGCGACUGGUGGUGGUGGACGCGCGACGUGGAGCUGCCGCCCAUGGCGAUCCUCGCGCGCCGUCCCGUGCUCCACGUCCAGCACGACCAUGUGUUCGCGCGCGCCACCUGCUUCCCGUCUUCGUGUGUUGCCGGCGGUGGAACACGACGGCGGCCUUCGUCUCCUUCGGAGUGGCAGCAGCAUGACGAGCAGCACACGCGGCGUGGCGCUCUGACGCAGAGUUUGGCAUGCGCGGACGCGCUGCCGCGGUUGGCAUGCGCGUACGGUGCAGAAGUUCGAGCUAGCUUUCUCCGUUGUGAGCGACUUGCAUUUUUCUAUCUGGGAGAGGGAGACGCAGUUUCUGGCGGGCAAUGCACGGCAUCUGGCGCCAAAACGCUUCUCUCGUUCCCACCACAACUUUUGGAGGCAAAUUUUACCUGUCUAUAUAUAUACACGAUGAUCGAUCCAACACCUUCAGCUCCACAACACAACCACACACCUGUGUCACAUGGCGACGACGAGGAGCUGCUUGGUAUGAACAUCGCUGACAUGACCUCGCUUGACGACCUUGACUUCUCCAACAACAGCCCCGGCAAUAAGAAGACAUGUGCUGUGGACAAUACCUCCUCUCAAGAUGCUGCUGUCGACGUCGACAAUUACUCCACCAUAUCCAACGGCUUUGCCUUCUUAGACCACAACGGGCACAGAUGCGAAAAUGCAGACGACGUUGUUGUUAUCUCCUCCUCCGGCGAUGAGGAGUCAGCUGCUGACAACGGCGCCACGAACUCCAACAGUGGCAAGUCGUUUGUCUCCACGGACUCAAAUUCAGUAAGCAAGAAGAAGCGGAAGCCAAGGGCCGAGUACAACUACUGGCACUCCAGCGACGAGCACUGGAUAAUUGAAGCCGAUGGGAUGCUCCGAAGGAAGAAGAAAUACAAAGGCGGGGACGUACCGGUGCCGGUGCCAUACAGAAGUUAAAAAAGGGCCCGUCACCCAUCAUCUACCGUGGUGAACUUAGUGUGUCCCUUGUUCGUGGGAAACGGAGACAUUUGAUGGAUAAGUUUCGCCGGGCGGUAAAGAUGGGCGACAAGUACAAACCACUCAACAUGCGCGAUAAAGACCUCUACAACUGUUCCAUUGUGGCGUGGCCACAUAUCAUUGAAAAAGAAGCUAGUACCAUACACGAUCAUGAAUAAUAUAGAUAUAGUUUAUACUAGGAAAAAGGCCCGUGUGUUGCAACAGGAUUUUUUUCCUACAUCAUCCUAAUAAAAGAGAUAGAGGCUCAUUCAUGGUCAA